GACUCACGUGCGUCUGGGGAAUCCUCACUCGGCGAGGACCAACGACCCGUCCCUGCCGCUGGAACUGGCCAUAGCGGACUUCGUGGACGCGGGAUACGACCUCAAGAACCUGGGGAACGACCUCGGGCUCGUCACUCUGGAACGCGACGCGCCCUUGAACGACCUGAUACGGCCCGUGUGUCUGCCGUACAGAUUCAUGUACGAUGGGUUCCGGUACCAGGAGGUGGACGUCACGGGCUGGAGUCAGUCGGCCACAUCGCUUCGAGGCGCCGCCGAGCCAGCGCAGCUCGUGCUCUCCCGCGCGGCCGUGGUUGGCCUCGGCGUCUGCGAGAACACGUUCCAGAAGGAGGUGGAGAGCCUGGCGCUCAACAACCAGCAGAUGUGCGCGGUGGUGGCGGAGGAUCAGCCGUGUCUGAACGACAACGGCGCCCCCGUGACCUUCCUGGAUGACGUCACGACCAACAGGCACUUCCUGGUGGGGUUGACGUCGUUCGGGUACGGCUGCGAGAAGCCCUUCCUUCCGGGCGUGUACGUGCGGGUGGGCGCCUUCCUCGACUGGAUUGAGAAGAAUAUAAAUGGAUAAAGAAGGGAAGGAGGGAAAUCGAAAAAGAGAGAGGGAGAGAAGUGGGGAGAGAGAGAGAGGAAAAUUGAAGAAAGGGAAGAGGAGGAUUGCACAGUGGAGGAGACGGGAAGGAAGGAGCAUCCAAGAAGAGAAAGGGAAGAGGAACGUGAGGUAGAAAUAUAUAUAUGAACAAAAGAAAAAACAGAAGAUGAGAAAAGAAAAGGAAAAUGUACGUCUGACGAGGAUCCCGCUUCCUCUCGAAACGUCACGCAUUACUCCACUGUUAUCUUGUUUUUUAUAAAUGGGUAUAUUUAUAAGCGUUAAACAACUAUUUGAUACUAACGGAAUGGGGAAAUAAACCCAUAAGAGAGAGAGAGAAACAGCUAACAUAUUUAUCGAAGAAUUGUUUUCUUGUUGACAAAUGUAGAAAAGGUAUGAAUGAGAAUGAAUAUCUUCGCAAAACAAGGGACGUAUUUGACCGGUUUCGGAUAGAUCAUCGGAAACCAAGAUAUAUUCGAAAUAUAUCCCUUGUGAAUAUCUCUUGUAUUGUGAGGAUAUUCAUUCUCGUUCAUACCUUUUCUAUAUUGAUUAUUUAAUCAAUCUUUUUUAUUUGUUUGUUUGCGUUACGGUUGUAUCUUCACGAAAAUUAAACGGACACAAGAAUG